GGUCCGUCUCUCCCGGAGGGGCGGGGCUUGUUGCCAUAAUAUUAUGACAGAGGAAGUAGCUCGGCUGGAUCUUGAAUCACACCAACGUUAAUAAGUUGAAUUUGACAUUCCUAAUUACUCUCAGGAAAAGGACACCAAGACUGACACCAUGGUAACAGAGGGGGAGCCCACAGACUUGAUCAAAGUGCUACACCUUCUGGUGCUCUCUUUCUCCUGGGGCAUGCAGGUCUGGGUCACCUUCAUAGCAGGUUUUGCAUUGGUGUGGCAGGUAACUCGGCACACCUUUGGCCUGGUGCAGAGUAAACUCUUCCCCGUAUACUUCUACUGUCUGCUGGGUAGCAACUUUGUCAGCCUGGCUGUGUAUGCUGUGUACCACCCAAGAGAGCUGCUGGACUGGCAUGAAAGUGUGCAGAUGGGUCUGUACUUUGUGGCGCUGAUCAUGGCAGGUCUGAACGCACAGUGGUUUGGCCCGGCGGUCACUGAGGCGAUGUUCCAGAUGAGGGAGGUGGAGAAGGAGCAUGGCCUGGGGAACCAGAUUGGCCUGGGCAGCCAGAAAGAGGCUUACGCUAAGCUCAAAGAGCAAGACCCCAAGUACAGAGUCUACAAGAGCACGUUUGGCCGCUACCACGGGUUGUCCAGCCUAUGCAACCUGACAGGGUUCAUCUGCACCACAACUAAUUUGAUCUACACAGCUCUGAAUUUAUCCAGCAUUUAGAGAAGACUAGGUUUCAAUUCAUGAAAAGCAUCUCACCGUCUAUUUCUGCUGUCAUCACAGCAUUUCAUAUGAUGAGGCGUGAGUCAACAAGGUUGGUGUAUAUACGGAUUUCAGUUAAACAUGGCCACAAAUAAAAGUGACAUCAUGUAAAUGUAAUUACACAAAAUGUUACCUGCCCUGUCCUUAUGAGUCCAGUAAACUCACGAUUGCUGUUCACUUUUAGCAGGCUAAUUAAUGCUGUCUCACAAAAGUAUUUUUUGCUUUGUUUAUUUGUUUUUAAUGUUUCAUUAUAUUGUUUAUGAUCUUAACCCCUGUUAAGUUCUAAAUAUCUUUUAUUUUCUUUACCAAACCUCACGUGCUGUGUGGGCAAUAUACUUGCAUCCCCAACAGAGGGCGAUGUUUGGACGCAGGUGUAUUCAGGGAAAGUUUGUAGAUCCAUUGCUGAAUGAGCAAAGCAUACUGCAUUUCAUUUGUAAAAUGUUGUGUUUCCAGUUAUUAAAAUUGAUAUGUUUGCUGAA